CCAAAAUACUUUCAGUUGCGAGCGGACCUCUGCACGGAGUGGAACAAAAUCUGAAGAGCAAACAGUACAGUCCGCGGAAAACGUUCAAUUAAUAGAAGCAAGAAGCCACAUAUAUAAUCUAAUUAUUCUCGUAUAUACCCCACAUAUAUAUCGCCUGAGCAUAUACGAGCACCGUAUACAUAUAUGUAUCAGUGAACAAAAUGUUGUUAUACAUAAAAUAAAUUGCGAAAGAAGAAACACCAUUAUCAACUAAAAAUAGUGCCCGAUUCUCAAAGGAAUACAAAUUUUAAUAACGAAGACCCGAAACGACAAUAACGAAUCAAUUAUACAAUUGUAACACUAUAAACUGUAGAACACACCAAAACGAGCAGGCACGCGCACGCAUGUUCGCGUUAAGGUCCUAAAGAACAUCACAACCGUAACCACCAAUCGCAGGAUGAUUAUCACCCGCCUCAAGACUCUCUCGCUGCUCGUGUGUGCUCUGCUGGCCCUGAGUUUUCCCGGAUAUGUGAGUGGCGCAGCAGGCAACAGCAAGAAGGGCUCGCAGCCAGUGGCGCCUCCGGAACCGGAGGCCGUCAUCGAGGAGGUCAAUGCCAAGCAGCUGGAGAAGCUCCUGGCCGACAAGGAUUACGUGGCCGUCUUUUGGUAUGCGCGAAGCUGCGUGACCUGUGAUAAGGUCCUAGCGGAGCUCGAGAAAAUCGACGAUGACACCGACUCCUUUGGUGUGGACUUUGUAAAAAUCAACGACAAACGACUUGCCAAACAGUAUGGCAUCAAGAACUUCCCCGCCCUCACCUACUUUAGGGAGAAGGAGCCCAUCAUAUAUGAUGGCGAUCUUAUGGACGAGGAAGGAGUGCUCGAUUUCCUCACCUCCUUGGAGGCCAUGGACUUGCCCGAUCGCAUCGAGGAGGUCAAUGCCAAGAUAUUGCAGAAGAUUAUCGAGGACACCGACUUUGUAGCCGUUCUAUUCUGUCCAGAUCAUGAAACAUGCCCGCCCAGGGUUAUGGACAAACAGCAAUGCCGCAAGUGCGCCAAGGCCUUGCAGGAGCUGGAGAAUAUUGACGACGAAGCUGACCAGCUGGGCAUCGGGUUUGUGAAGAUACACGACGAGGCAUUGGCCGACGAAUACAAUCUAGGCAACCUGCCAGCCUUGGUCUAUUACCGCCACCAGACUCCAAUCAUAUACGAAGGUGAACUUCAGCGAGAGGAGGACGUCUUGGAAUGGUUGGUGCAGAAUAAGUCGACGGGCGAUGAGGAUGAUGUGAUUGAAGACGUCACUUCGAAGACUCUGUCUACGCUGAUCAGCAAUAUCGACAACCUGGUCGUGCUAUUUUAUGAUCAUGGAAACGACGAUUCGAUGACCGUGCUGGAGGAGUUGGAGCAAAUCGACGACGACUGCGACAAGCAUGGCAUUCAGUUUGUGAAAAUCGAUGAUACGAAGGCUGCAGGCGAUUACGGAAUCGAUUCGAUUCCGGCCAUUGUUUACUUUGAAAAAGAAAUUCCGAAUGUGUACGACGGCGAUCUCAUGGACGAGGAGCAGAUUCUGAAAUGGUUGUUGGGACAGUUGGAACGGGAUGAGAUCGAGGACGUCACCGACGAAAUGCUCGAUACAAUGAUCAAAGAAGGACGCGUCAUUGCCGUGCUGUUCUACGACAACAACGACAAGAAGUCCCAGAAAGUACUCGAGGAGCUGGAAAACAUUGACGACGAGUGCGACGCAUUGGGCAUUACAUUCGUGAAGAUCGACAAUCCCGAGGAGGCCGUUGAAUAUGGCAUCAAUAAAGUUCCUAAACUGAUAUACUUUGAAAAAGGCAUUCCAACUAUUUACGAGGGCAAUCUGGAGGACGAGGAGAAGCUUCUAAAAUGGCUAACAGACCAAACGAGUUCCGAUCAAAUCGAGGACAUCACCGACGAAAUGUUGGAUUUAAUUAUUGAGAAAAUGCCCCAUGUUGCUGUUCUUUUCUACGACAAAGACCAGAAAAAGUCACAGAAGAUCCUCGCAGAACUGGAAAACAUCGACGAUGAGUGCGAUCAGAACGAUAUUGCCUUUGUCAAGAUCGAUGAUGACAAGGAGGCAAAAGAAUGGGGUAUCGAUGAGAUACCAUCGAUUGUACUCUUCGAACGUGGAAUUCCACACAUCUACGAGGGUGAUCUGAUGAAAGAAGAUGAGCUGCUUGGCUGGUUGGUGCACCAGAAGCGCUAUUCCGAAAUUCCCGAGGUCACCGAUGAGAUGAAGGACAAGUUGGUCGAGAACACCGAGCACUUAGCGGUUAUAUUCUACGACAAGGACGAUAAGCAGGAUAUGCGCAUCCUAAACGAACUGGAAAACAUCGAUGAUGAACUGGAGAAGGAGGGUAUUGUCAUCGUCCGCAUUGAUAACGCUGCUGAAGCCAAGGAAUACGGUCUCGAUCAUUUGCCUGCCCUUAUCUACUUCGAAAACAAGAUCCCGGCUCUUUAUGAAGGCGAUCUGAUGAACGAGGAUGAGGUGCUCGAGUGGCUUCUUGUCCAGAAAAAGACAGCUACUAUCGAGGAGGUUACCGAUGAGAUCCUAGUCAAUCUGAUCAACGAACACGAGUAUGUUGUCGUCUUCUUCACGGGUCCCUGCGAACCCGGAGAGACCUGUGAACACACUCUCAACGCCCUGGAAAGCAUCGACGAUGAAUUGGAUGAAGCUGGCAUCAUUUUUGUUACCACUGAGGAUACCGGAAUCGCUAAGAAAUACAAUGUCAAGACCUAUCCACGCCUGGUGUUCUUUAGAAACCGUGAUCCACUCCAUUUCACCGGAGAUCUAGACGACGAGGACGAGGUGUUGGCCUGGAUAACUGACGACGAGACCCUUGAAAUUCCCGGAAAAAUUGAGGAGGUGAAUGUGAAGAUGUUGGAUAAGAUCUUGGCUGAAAACGAUCACGUCGUCGUAUUCUUCUACGCUGAGGGCGAUAAGAAAGCACAGAAGAUCCUUAACGAGCUGGAGAACAUCGAUGACGAAUGCGAGGAAAAAGACAUUGACUUUGUAAAGACAUCCGACGAUGAUAUUGAUAAGGAGUACGACCUGCCUGGUCUGCCGGCACUUGCAUUUUAUAGACAUAAGUUUAGAACAAUUUACACCGGUGACCUGAUGAAGGAAGAGGAAAUUCUUGAGUGGGUUAUUGAUUUGCACGAGUCUACAGCUGAUGUCAUUGAAUCUGUCGAUCGUAAAACCCUGCAAGUUCUGAUCAACGAUGUUGAGCACCUGGCUGUGUUCUUCUAUGACGAUGAAUGCGAAUCGUGUUCUGACAUCUUGGAGGAGUUGGAAAACAUCGACGAUGACACCGACAAGCACGGAAUACAAUUUGUCAAGUCCAAUGAUGUUAAGCUGGCUCAUGAAAUUGGCAUUUUUGCAUUUCCAGCUUUGGUCUACUACGAGACCGGCGUCCCGAUUAUGUAUGAUGGUAAUCUCAAAAAUGAAAAUCGUGUGCUGCAGUGGUUAGUCAAUCAAAAGAGCAAUGAUGACGGCGACAGUAAUGAAAAAAUUGUUAAAUUGCGCUAUCCCAAAGAAAGCGAUGAGGAUAAACGAGAAAGAUUAAAGCGUCUGCAGAAUUCGAUUCGCAAUGAAAGAUUACAUAAGAAAGGACGGGACACUGAUGACGAUGAAAAUGGGGAUAACGAAGAUGAAACGGGGGAGAAAGGUACUGAUAGGGCUGACGAAGACGAGGAUGAUGAAGAUGAUGAAAAUGGGGACGACGGGGAUGACGAAGAUAAUAAUAAUGAGGACGAAGAGGAUGACGAAGAUAAUAAUAAUGAGGACGAAGAGGAUGACGAAGAAGAAGAUGAUAAUGGGAACGACGAAGACGAUAAUGAAGAUGACAAUAACGACGACGAGAAUGACGAAGAGGAAGAUGAAGAAGAAGAUAAUGAUGACGACGAGGAUGACGGGGAAGAUGACAAUGAGGACGACAAGGACGAAGAUGAUGAAGAAGAUAAUAAUGAUGACGACAAGGACGAGGAUGACGCAGAAGAUAAUAAUGAUGACGACGAGGAUGACGAAGAAGAUAAUAAUAAGGACGACGACGAUGACGAAGAAGAUAAUAAUAAGGACGACGACGAUGACGAAGAAGAUAAUAAUAAGGACGACGACGAUGAAGAAGAAGAUAAUAAUAAGAACGACGACGAUGAAGAUGAAGAUAAUAACGAGGACGACGACGAAAACGAAGAAGAAGAUAAUAAUAAGAACGACGACGAUGACAAUGACGAAGGGGAUAAUGAUGGAGAUGACGAGGACGACGAAGAGAACGAUGAAGAUGAGGAUGACAAGGAAGAAGAUGAGGACGACAAUGACAACGACGAUAACAAGGGAGAGAAUGAUGAGGACGAGGAUGACGGGGACGAAGACGACGAUGACGAUGAGGAUGACGAUGACAAAACAGACAAUGAGAACGAGGAUGAUAACGAGGACGGGGACGCAACAGGGGAGGACGAUAAUGAGAACGACGAAGAAGAUAUUAAGAGUAAACCAAAAUAUAGGCAUACGGCCAAAGGUAGAACGAUACACCGCCUUGCUGACCUUUGCUCAGGUCGGCUUAUAGAUGAAAUAGAUGACGAAUGUUUCUAUGUUGGAUUGGGCCAUGACGGCCAUUCAGCUAAGCGCGGCAACAAUUUCGUGCCCAACGAUUAUAAACCAUUCCAAUGCUGUCCAACCAAAUUGGAGAAGUCAACGAAAGUUCCUAAAAUGACGGCCCAGCGGAUCGGGCAUAGCGAAGGCGAUCAGGGCAAGCGUCCAAGCGGCGGCAACUUCCAGUUCGCCGGCCAGGCGUCCAGCAAAUCGGCAACAAAGACGGCGGCCACCAAGAAGCAGGCCAAGCUCUCCAAGGACACCAAGGACACCAAGGACACCGAUGACGACGAUGAGGACGACGAGGACAAGCCCCUGGUCAAGGUUUCCUAUGCCAACAAGCGCUCGGGAGGAAGCAACAAGCCACAGGCCGGCAAGAAGUCCAAGGAUAACGACGAUCAGUCUCAGGAGGUGGAGAAGGUAUCCAAGCAGAAGUCGUCAAAGAAGUCCGGCAAGCUGAAUGUCAAAUCCGGCAUAAAUUUUUUCCAAAAUCGACUAAAAAAUUUGUAUGAUAUCAUUUUUCAGGAUAUCUCUCUGUGGGAGUAAGGCAACAAUUUAACUGAAUGUGGAUAACCACAGACAGUUAAAUAGUGAUUGUAUGAUUGAAUAAUAUGCCAUACUAAAGUAGCACGUAUACGCACUGUUGCCAACUGAUAGGACAAUUAUCAAACCAGAACCAAACCCAAAACCAAAACCAAAUACAAACUCAAUCCUGAAUAUAGCCACGAAAAGAACCUUCAAUGACAGGUUUCUAUAACUAAAUGUACAUCAUCUAUGUGUGAAUGCAAGAAACAAGUAACUAACUCUGAACAAUCUGGCACAAUAGCAUUGAUCAAAAUACCCACCCAUCUUAUGUGCCAGAUCAGAUCUUACUUAGAUCACACUUUUAAGAAGAUCCACGAGUAGCAGCAUCACACGAAACCCGAAAUAACAAAAAAAUGAUCAAGAAAGCCUACUAACUAAAACUUUGUUGAUAUUUUCGCUUUAACUUUUUUCAAGAGGUCAGGUCUAUAACUAACUAAGCCACACAUUUGUUGCAUUUUGCCAACGGAUUUCAACAAACUUUGUUCAAACUAAAAGCAAUUACUUCAACAAACAACUAUCAAAUUUCUGAGAACUUUCACUUGUAUAUUUAGUCAGCAAUCUUUGUUAUUAACAAUUUAAUAGGACUUUGUCUUUUGUCAAUAACGAACGUCUAAACUUUUUUGAUACUACUUCUUUUUGUCGCAAUAUACAAUUUACAUUUAUGUAGUUAGUCUAAUUUAAACGAGGGCAAAAGCAUAGCAAACGAACGAACAAACGCAUAAAUAUUUUUUUGAAACAAUUUACACCUUACAGUGCCCAACUGUUAGCUAAUUUAACUAAAACGUGUAGCUAUGAGCGCAGCCAACUGUUUUCAUAAUAACAACAUUAAAAACUAUAAUUUGUAACCAGAAAUUUGUAGAUAUAUUACAGCAUACAGGCCGUAUACUUAAUUUUGUUAUGGAAACGAAAAAUCCAAUAUUUCUCGCUGAACAUGGCCUCGCAUAUUGUAGCUAGCCAUUUCGUUUCAUUUGUUUUUUUCUGAGAGCGAUUUCUGUACCGCUCACUGUUGUUUUUGUUAUCGGUAUUUGCCAAAUACCGAAUUAUAAAUCUUUAUCAUUAUGUUUUCUUAAGCUAAAGCCUACCACUCUACACGCAAUUGUAACUAAAUCCACCAUAUAUGUAAAGAAAUUUUGUUGAACAGCAGCUGAUAAGUCAAGAUCAAGCAUGUAUUUUUGUCAGCCUAAUUAUUCAAAAUGGAAAUUGUCAGAUUGUAAGAUUCAAACGCAAAUCGAUCUAAAGCACUUUUGUAAACAAACCUCUCGAAUGAGAUUGUAAGAAUAUUUAAUAAAAGCCAUCAAACUUAA